GGCACUGUGGGUCCAGCACCAUGAGGGUCUAGAGACACCUAGCCAAGCACAGUCUUUCCCUGAGUGGCCAGGCUGUGGGAGGAUGGGGCAGGACCAGACAAAGCAACAGAUCGAAAAAGGACUGCAGCUGUACCAGUCUAACCAGACAGAGAAGGCACUGCAGCUGUGGAUGAAGGUGCUGGAGAAGGGCUCUGAUCUCGUGGGCCGCUUCCGGGUGCUGGGCUGUCUGGUAACAGCACACUCAGAGAUGGGCCGCUACAAAGAGAUGCUAAAGUUUGCUGUGGUCCAGAUUGACACCGCCCGGGAGCUGGAGGAUGCCGAUUUCCUGCUUGAAAGCUACCUGAACCUGGCGCGCAGCAAUGAGAAGCUGUGUGAGUUCCAUAAGACCAUCUCCUACUGCAAGACCUGCCUCGGCCUGCCUGGCACCAGGGCUGGUGCCCAGCUUGGGGGGCAGGUCAGCCUGAGCAUGGGCAAUGCUUUCCUGGGCCUCAGCCUCUUCCAGAAGGCCCUCGAGAGCUUUGAGAAGGCCCUGCGCUAUGCCCACAACAACGACGACACGAUGCUGGAGUGCCGUGUCUGCUGCAGCCUGGGCAGCUUCUAUGCCCAGGUCAAGGACUAUGAGAAAGCCCUGUUCUUUCCCUGCAAGGCUGCAGAGCUUGUCAACGACUAUGGCAAAGGCUGGAGCCUCAAGUAUCGGGCCAUGAGCCAGUACCACAUGGCUGUGGCUUACCGCCUGCUGGGUCACCUGGGCAGCGCCAUGGAGUGUUGUGAGGAGUCCAUGAAGAUCGCUCUGCAGCAUGGGGACCGACCGCUGCAGGCACUCUGUCUGCUCUGCUUUGCUGAUAUCCACCGGAGCCGUGGGGACCUGGAGACAGCCUUCCCUAGGUACGACUCUGCCAUGAGCAUCAUGACCGAGAUCGGAAACCGCCUGGGGCAGGUGCACGUGCUGCUAGGCGUGGCCAAGUGUUGGAUGGCCAGGAAGGUGCUGGACAAGGCUUUGGAUGCCAUUGAGAAAGCCCAGGACCUGGCUGAAGAGGUGGGAAAUAAGCUGAGCCAGCUCAAACUGCACUGCCUGAGCGAGGGCAUCUACCGCAGCAAAGGGCUGCAGCGUGAGCUGCGCACGCACGUGGUGAGGUUUCACGAGUGUGUGGAGGACACGGAGCUCUACUGUGGCCUGUGUGGCGAGUCCAUCGGGGAGAAGAACAGCCGUCUCCAGGCCCUGCCCUGCUCCCACAUCUUUCAUCUCAGGUGCCUGCAGAACAAUGGUACUCGGAGUUGCCCCAACUGCCGCCGCUCCUCCAUGAAGCCAGGCUUCGUGUGACCCCAGUGGCCAUCUUGGGAUUCCGCGCAACCUCCCUUGGCUCCUUCUCCAUCAUCACGCUGGAGGCCCUGGUAAAAUCCUAGGGUAGCUGCCUGGGCCUCCAUGGCCAUCUCCGGGCCUAGGGCCUGCCUGCUGCCCCUCUGGGGCUGGCUCCCCUCCCCGGCCUCUUUGUACUUUGUUCUUUACAGAAAAAUAAAAUGUUUG